CUGGCGGCCGCCCCGCCUCCCUCCGUGGGGAUGCCGGGAUGUUUACGGGCCCGGCAGGAGCAGCAGGGGGCGGAGAGGUGGUCGGGGCUGCCGCGGGUGCCCGAGUCGCUCGCCAGGAGUCCCGCUAGGUGCCCGCGGGCAGGUCCGCCCCGGCCCCAAGCCUGAGGCACCGGAGGGUAGAGGAGGCCGGCUCAGGUUCCCCGCGCCAGGAGAAGGCGGAGCCAGGCUUCCCGGAUCUGAAAAUUUGUACACUGCAACCUGUACCCUGGAUGCCAGCGUUGAGUGGGUGCUGAAGAGGGUCGAUCAGUGUUGGUGACCUGACAAAGUGUGGGCCAGGUUUGACCAGUGAGCCAGUUCCCUCCAAAUGGCCAACCUCUUUAAAGAGGACGUAAGGGACGCUUUUACGUGAUAGAAUGGAUGAACAGUCCCAAAGCAUGCAGGGGCCUACUGUGCCACCAUUUCAGCCACAGAAAGCCUUGCGACCUGACAUGGGCUAUAAUACACUUGCCAAUUUCCGAAUAGAGAAAAAGAUUGGCCGUGGGCAGUUCAGUGAAGUUUACAGAGCAACCUGCCUGUUGGAUGGGGUACCAGUGGCGCUAAAGAAGGUUCAGAUAUUUGAUUUAAUGGAUGCCAAAGCCCGUGCUGACUGCAUCAAAGAAAUAGAUCUUCUUAAGCAACUGAAUCAUCCAAAUGUGAUUAAAUAUUAUGCCUCAUUCAUUGAAGACAAUGAACUGAACAUAGUGUUGGAAUUAGCUGAUGCUGGGGAUCUCUCUAGAAUGAUAAAGCAUUUUAAGAAACAGAAGAGGUUGAUUCCUGAAAGAACAGUUUGGAAGUACUUUGUUCAGCUUUGCAGUGCCUUGGAACAUAUGCAUUCUCGUCGUGUUAUGCAUAGAGAUAUAAAGCCGGCUAAUGUGUUCAUUACAGCUACAGGUGUAGUAAAGCUUGGAGACCUUGGACUUGGUCGAUUUUUCAGCUCCAAAACCACAGCUGCACAUUCUUUAGUUGGUACACCUUAUUAUAUGUCUCCAGAGAGAAUACACGAAAACGGUUACAACUUCAAAUCUGACAUCUGGUCUCUAGGCUGUCUGCUGUAUGAGAUGGCUGCACUGCAGAGUCCUUUUUAUGGUGAUAAAAUGAACCUGUACUCCCUGUGCAAGAAGAUAGAACAGUGUGACUACCCACCUCUCCCUUCAGAUCACUAUUCAGAAGAACUGCGACAGUUAGUUAAUAUGUGCAUCAACCCGGAUCCAGAGAAGCGACCAGACAUAACCUAUGUCUAUGAUGUAGCGAAACGUAUGCAUGCGUGCACUGCGAGCAGCUAAACAGACAUCGGGUCACGAAGAAAAAAGCAGAAAUAACCAAGUAUUUUAAGUAAAUCCUCCCACCUCUUUGUGUGUUACUGAAAUGUAAUUAUUUGAAUCUUCCUGUUGUGCUUUGAAUUGUAAACCAAUUUAUAUAGGAGCUUUGUCGUUUCCUGUUUAUUUCUAUUUUUUGUAUUUUUUACUAAUUUGCAGUUUUACAACAGGUUUAAAUAUGUAAAGCUUAACUUUAAAAGAUAGCGAGAACCAUUUUUUUCAAUGUUAAGUGGGUUCAAGUGUAUUUAAUAACAAAAUUGUAUUCGGUCGGGCCUCAGUUCUAAAACACAGUUGCACUUUUGCACAUGAUACAGAUAUUAGGCUUAUUAUCCAGAAGCAAAAUGUCUGAAUCUCUCACCAUUUUAGUAAUUUAUGGAAAGUAUGAAUCAGCACAGUUAACUUUAUUUUAAUCUUUGUCCUAAGAGGGGCAUAAUUAUUAUAGAAGGUUGUUGUAGUUUAUAUUGAAUUGUAGUUUGCAGUCCUCAGCGUAAGAGUAGACAGGUGAUACGAUUAGUUCUCUGCUUGCCAAAUGUAAUGGGAAAAUAGUUCAGGAAAAAUUGUCGUGCUGAAAUUUUUGUAAUAUCCCUUUUUGUUUUGUUCUUCUGUCAUAAUGCACAUAAACAUUUGUUGGAGGUUUUCUGGGAAAAUGUAAAGUGUUGAUUCUGCAAUCUGAUCGUUUUCAAUAGACUUGUGCAGCACUGCCCUGGGGCAAUAGGAGUCUACACAGUUAAGUCUUAAAACCAUGCAGAUGCUUCUUGUAACAAACAGGGUUCUUUUGGGGCUAGUGUUUAUGAGAAGGUCUGAUUAAAAGAUGCAAUCUUUAAGUUACAACUUCCCAACUGCUUAUGGAUAUCUCACUGUUUGUAGAUUUUUGUGUUUAAAAUAAUUUGAAUUACCUUACAGUAUAUUUAAAUUUUUAAAUUGCUGUUGUUUGUUUUUUUUUUUAAAUACAGAACCCUUUUGGAAAAUAUAUAAUAGUGCAGUAUAACACAAAAUGUAUUCUUCAAGAAUAUCUGGUUUUAUAUACUGUAUUUUGAGAACUAGUUUUAUAUUUAGCCAAAGUAAAUUUUAGCUUUUAUGUUUAAGAGAAAAGUUGCCACUUCUUCAUCUGGGAAAUAGCUAUUUAUGCAAAAUGUCUUACAAUUACUUUAUUAGUUGAAAAGGAAAUUCAGAGUAUUUUUGCUAGACUUCAGUACCUUUUGGGUAUGCUUAAAUAAUUUUUUUUUUGUUAAGAAAGCAAAGCAUCUUAUUUUUAGAUGUGGUAAAAAUGGAGAAUGGACUGAAAUGUCUUGAGUUUCAAGACUGAACUUCUUAUACAGAGCUGUCAAAACAUAAUUAUUACCAGUGAUGUUGCUAAGAAGCUGUUACGGUCAGUGAAGUCUUUCUCCUUAUGCGGGCAAAAAGAAGUUAGUUCAAAUAAAAGCAGUAGUGUGUACAUAAACAUACAGGUUCUAGACACAGUCAGUUCCCUGCAUGCUCGGAGUUUUUUUUAUUUCUCUGUGCAGCUUUAAUUCUUGACUCGAUAUAAUGCUCAGAGAAAAAAAAUCCAACUGUGGUGUUUGUGGAUGAAAUGUUCAAGCCAGGCCAGGGUUUUUUUCUGCUUUUGUAUUUUUUUAAAACUACAAAUACUAUGGAAAUUGUGUUUUGGCAAAACACAGGAGUUCUAAAGCAGUAUGUAUUAAAACAAGCUGAUAAUCUGGCACAUGUUUUAAAAUAUUUUUUUUUGUUUCCAGAUUUUGUAGGAUGAAUGCUUAGUUUUCCUUCCAGCUUCUGUGUAUACCUAAUCUUGUAGGACUUCAGUGGAACAAUUUGUAGGGAGGAAGUAUUUGAGAAACCUUGAUGUGUGUCUAGCAACCUCUAGAAUUGUUUUCAUUUAUUAUCUCAUUAUUGAAUUUUAAAUAUUAUAUUUGUGUUCUAUAACAAUAGUUCAUAUGUCAGAAUGAAAUGUUUUUUGUUGGAAAAGGCACCACAAUACUUGCUUGACUGCCAGGAUUAGCUCUUAAUAUGCACAAAUACUCAAAACAAUGGUUUUUUCCUGAAAGGCACUAGAACAUUUAAAAAUCAUUGAAAAAAAAAAACCAAACCCCAACACAGACUAUUUGCAUCUAAUAUUAUGAACUUUUCCUGAAAGAAACCAAUAAUAGAUUCUCCCCACUCCCUGCCCCACAUCUGGAAGAAUGCAUUAAGUAAACAAAACAUAAGUUAAGAGUUAGCAAAUGUGCACAUUUAAGCAUUUAAUUUUUUUUGUUUUUAGUAUUUGUGAUUAGAUCUUCUGCUGAGGAAAAUAAAUAGUUGUUCCUAUUUUAAAAUCUGUAAAAUUAAUGGUACAGGUGACUCUGGUACCAAACUUGAUAAUUAAGAAGCCCAUAUGGGUUAAUAGAACUGCUUAUAUAACUGAGGAUUGUAGAAUCUAUCCGCUAAGUAAAGCACCUAGUAAUGUAUGAAAAUAAGUCUGUUAAAACACUCCCAUGUGUGCUAUAUACUUACAAAAUAUUUUCUUUUAUAAAACACCGUUCUGUUUUUCAUAUGUUGUCAAUGGUGAUGUUUGGCACUAUUUAUUUUAAGCUAUGGCAUUACACGUGUAUUUUCUUUAAAGAGAACGUGUUAUGUUUCUAACCAAAAUGUCUUGACUAGCUCCUGCUUUUAUUUCAGUAAUGCUGCAGUAUUAACUUGCUUCACAAGUGAACUUUGUGCUUUGAAUGGCAUUGCAUAAAAUCUUUGUCUUGUCUUGAAAGCUCUUUCCCUGCUAUGCAGUACUCUAAUAGAAAAAAAUAGAUAUUAAUAUAAAAAUAAUAGUGUUCCUAUGAUAUUUUUUCAAACUUUUCUUAUUACAGAUACAUAUAUAUAUAUGUGUGUGUGUGUGUUACAGUAGAUGCUACCUAUCUUGUGGAUAGUUUACUGCUUCCAGUAGUUGAUUAUAGGUGAGUUAUCUUGACUGUAACAAAAGACAGUACAUUAAAAAAAAAUCUUUUUCAUAUUAUUUGCCAAAUAUUUCUCUAAAAAUACUAUAUCAGAUAUAUUCACAAUUAACCCAAAAGAGUGUGUUUAUCUAAAAUUUAAAAACAAAUCUAAAAUUAUUUUCAAACCAUAUGAAAAUAUCUGAAAAGCAUAAAAAUAAUGAAGAGCUCCUGUCAUGGCCCCAGUCGUAUGAGCUCUGGUCUAUAGGUUGUAGGUUUUUAUGUAACUUCAGUAAUUUUGAGUGAACCUCAUACGCACACAUGAAUAAAUAGUAAUCAGUAAUCAAUAUAGAAAUGAUGUGCUCAGCUCACUUUUUAUACUUUCUGUAUGUCAGUGGUUUGGUAGCAGGGAAUAAUGUGGUUUUUCCUCUCCCCUCUUCUGUUGCACUCUAAUGAUCCAGCUACCAAUUGUAUGAGCAGGCAAUAGAAGUAUGUUGUCUUUUUGUAAUGAGCUGAAACUUUAAAAACAUGCCAAUAUACUGGAAGAUGAAAUAGAGUAUUAGAAGUGUCUGAGAAGGCUGGUGUUUUAUUCAUGCUCAUGAUUAAGAAAGCCAUGGAGUGAAAUUCUUGACAGAAGCUUGGAAAUGGAGAAGAACUUAUGCCAGUGGUUCUCAGAUAUCUCUGAAUGGGACCCAGAAUUGCAGUGAUGUUUGUUUUCAACAAUCUCCCACUUAAUCUCUGUCUUUGCUGUUAUACAGCGAGAUGAGAAUCUUAAUGGCUGAAUUUGAAUGCUGGUGGCGAUUGCUGUGUCAGGUAUUUGAUCUUCUAGGAACAGGAGGUAGAUGUGAGGGAGAGUCAAAGAAGGCCUUCAAGUCUUGCUUUCUGGAGAGUUAAUUUAAUCUGGAAGUAAAGGUGCUGGUUAGCAGAGUUCAAAUCACUGCUUUUCCAUCAUUUUUAAUACUUCUUUAAAAGUAAAAUGUUUUUCCAACCCUGCCGUAUCCCCACAUUAUCUAGCCAGUGGCAGCGAUGGUCUUCUGAAUUUCUGAUUGCUGGUUUGGUCUAGGUGAAUAACUAAACCUUUCUGCCAAGAUCACCCAGGGAAAUACAGGCACCGGGCAUGCCCAGUGGGGUGUUACAUCUCUGAACAUGACUCAAAUACAGAUUUUGUGUGGGGAUUUUUAACGUUCUUUUUCAAAAUUUUGUCCCUUCCCUGAACCUUGUUCUUCAGUUGAUGCUUUUUAAAAAUUGUUUCCCUUUCAUAUUCACUUCUGAAGUCCUACGAUUCCUGUCCUCCACUGCUUCUGCUUCAUCUUUCCUGUUGUCUGCUCUACCCUCUUCCUGAUUUGAAGCCCUCUGUGUCUAGUUUUCCUAGUGGCCAUUAGUUUUCUUCUUUCUUUGUGACUUUGCUAAACUCAACCCAUUUCUGUCUUCUCAAAUUUUAUCCCUCACUAUGGGCAAGCCCUAUUUGUCGUCUUUUCCCUGGUAAGUACUUAACUCCAUUGUUCUGCAGUCUGUUUUUCCAGCCCAAUGCCUUUGAUUUUUAGUUUUAGACAGAUCUUUCUCACUGCCUCAAUCAUUCCCAUGACCUUGUCUUUACUAAAUACUGUUCACUUUAUUAUCUCUGAUUUCUAAAUUCCCUUUCUCUGAUCACUACCUGCUCUCUUUCAGCUUAUCUGUCUUUCUCUCUCCUCUACCCUGUCACUCACUCCUUUUGGGACCUCCAGUCUAUUAACCUUUCUGACUCCUUUACUCUUCUCAGCUGCCUCCUUCCUUCAUUGGCCUCACUUUCUUUGACUCACUGGUCUUUAUUUUCAUCUCUCUCUGCUUCUCUAUAUGUCGUUUCUUUGGCUGCUUCUCACAGUGCCCUGUCUCCAUUCCUCUCCCUAGACAUUUUUCUUGUAAUUUCUUAAUUUCCAUUCCUGCUUUUCUGAAUAUCUCUGAAGAGUAUGUCAGCACAACACAGCUUUGGACUUGGCUUCGCCUUACCUGUGCUAAUUCUCUUUCCAAAUGGACUUUUUAACCACUUUUGCCCACCUUUUUUUUUUUUUCUUGUUGAACUUGCUUGCAGGUUUGCUAUUAAUUUCAUUUCUUGAUUCAUUCUUGAUACACAAUGUGUCUUCAAAACCAAUCCUGACUUUUGCAUAAUAACAUCUUUUUCAAAAUUGUUCUACUUCUAAGAAUCUGUUUCUGAAGGCUAUAGUUAAGAGGCUUCUCUGCUUCUUAACUAUAUGAGUUUGCUGCUUUUAUUUCUGCAUCUUUUAUGUCUCUCCUUUUAGUGAAUGACUUCUUCCUCUUUAAAUCCUCCUCUCAUUUCCUUCACUAGCAACCAAGUUUCUUGAAGGGGAUGGCACCCAUCGUCCUAACUGGUUCUCUUUUUCAGUACUUUGCCCUUUACUCCUCAUUUGUCAUCCCCUAAUUUCAUAGACCUGAACAUCCUCCCUCCAUUUUGUUUUCAAGUUUUUGGCCUUACACUUUAAUUUGAAUGCCCCAAAAUUCCAGUUUGGUUCUCCCAUAGUUGUCUCUCCAGAUGAUUCCUUGAGUAUCCAGCCACAGUCUCAGACCUGUUCAGAUUCAAAGAUCUAGCUUUUAUUCCUGACUCCCUCUAGACUAUUUUCUAACAUCCCUGACAAUAUUACUUGCCGAUUUUCCAGGGCCACAACCUUUCUAUCCCUGACAUUUCUCCCAUGCCUGUGUAUCAGAUGACUCAAAGUUAGUAGUAUCAGAUUCCAGCCCUCUUCGCUAUCUGUGUUCUUUCUUACCUUUUAUCUUCACUGUUCUAACCUCUGUGUCAUUUUGACUUCUUUUCUCCCUUCGAAGUAUCAAAAAUUGACAGGACUAAACUCCUGUCUUUGGGAUUUAGCUGUUUCAUGUGCUGAAGAAGGAACUCCACCAAAUUACUACUUGAUUUGUGUUUUUAAGAGACUUGAGUCCCACAAAUUUUGUCGUCUUUCAGGACUGUAGAGCUGGAGUAGAUUCUGUUCCUCCAAGUACUGCAGAAGUCCCUGAAUUUGGGCCUUGAUUUAGUUUUCUACUGCUUCAGAUACAAAGUUUUUUCCCUCCAUUUCUUUGUACAUAUUGUAUGUAACUUUGUCUCGUUUCUGCAUAUACAGCUAACAGUUGUUUUCUUGUUAGAGUAACUUGAUUUCGGUGUUUUUACCAUUGCUUGAAAUAAGAAUAUGCUUAAGAGCUUCACUGGCUGGAUCCAGAGUGUGAGGCACAAUGUUCCUCUUUGUUACCGUCCCACCCUUACACUGGCGUCUCUUACUUGCUUCCCUCUGUAUCUUGGCUAGCUGAAGAUACACUAUAUUACACUGCAGGGCAGUGUAGAUACAGUUGAGCCAGCUGCAAACAAGGUAGCUUAUAUACUUGCAGCAAUACUGCAAGUUCUUAUCAACAGUCAAAUGCUUAUUUGUCCUGUAGGUCUAGAACUGAGCUCUGUGCUGUACUGCCUCUCUCUCCUUGCUGCCCUAAUUUAAAGCCAAAUCAGAUCUGCCUGCAUGGUGGACUGCAUGGUUUUCUGUGUAGGUGCAAUAUCUGACUUCCCAGCUUUAGCAGGCUUUCAGAUUUGAAAGACUGCAUGUUUGCAGAGGCUCACUGUUGAUCAAAUUGUCAGACCUUUGCUCAUAAUUAUCCUCAUAUGUGUUGAGAUUGAGAAGCAAAAUUCUCUAUAAAACUAAAGUUUGGGGUUUUGGGACUGUAGGAGAUGGAUCUGACAUUCGGCUCUAGUUUGGUGUCUGUGGGUAUACACGCAUUUAAUCCCUGUUUAUUUGCACCAGAAUAAUUCUUUUCUUUUAGAGGAUCAGUUGCUUGUUGGCACAAAGCAAAGACUUUUUUAGUAUUUCUCAGGUAGUAUGUUUAUUCCUUGUUGCCGGUUUGUACCAUGUCAUAUCAUUAGUUAAUCUGUUUUUCUACAACUGCCUUAGUGAUGGGUGGAAGCCCUACAGCUUGUGUCUAAUUGAAAUCUUCUGUUCAUAUGGAAAUAAAAAUAAAUAAAGAAGUUAGGUGCAUUGAGUCCUUCCUGAUGGUUCUGCUUGCUUUGCAUUUAAAUCCUAGUGGUAGGAAGAGGACUCAAACUGGACAGAAAUGGUCCCCAAGACAGAGUAGAGAUGUUUUGGGGUUCCCUGCUUCCUUUCCACCUCCUAGCUCCUCAUUCUCUGGCUUCCCUCAGGCACUUGCUGGGGACACGGCACUGCCAGUGUAUCGAGGGCUAAUAGAAACUCAGAAACUAAAAUGUCGAUGUUAUUUUGCUUAUGUUCCUGUGGUGUCCUUUCUCAGUGUGAAGAGAAAUGUCCCAUUCAAAAAUUACUAGGAAGAUCUUUAGUGGUGUUAUACAAUCUUCUAUUGCUCUUCACACGUUUGGCAUUAAAAGUGUGUUUGCUGUUACAAAGAGAAUUUUACAAAGACUCUUAGUUUGCCUUUUAAUGUGUUGGUACUUUUUUGUACACUUAAUUUGCUGAUUGUUUCUUUGAUUUGUCAUCCUGGACUGUUGUAAAGAUGAUCAUUAAAAAUGAGUAUUGCAUUUUCUGGUAAGAUUUUGCUGGGAAAGGGGAAGAAGGUAAGUGUUCAUUGAUUUGUUUGAAUUUGGCUGCUGAUUGUGCUUGAAUCAAAUCUUAGAAUCAUUCAGGUUGGAAAGGACCUGGAGAGAUAUCUCUAGUCCAGGCUCCUGCUGAGAGCAGUCAAUGCUGAAUUCAGAGCAGGGCUCACGGCGUCAGCCAGUUGGGUCUUGAAAACCUCUAAGGAUAGAGAUUGUGCAGCUUUUCUGGGCAGCUCCAAUGAUUAGCUAGCUUCACUGUAAACCUUGUUUUCAUUAUAUUCAGUCAGAAACUCCUCAGUUACAAAUCAUGGUCGUUGUUUCUUCUCCUGUCACUCCUCAAAUGUUCUUUGUAUUGCAAAAAAAAAAGUCAGUCAAAUACUGAAACAGAGAACUUAACGAUGUGUUAUUUUCUGAAACUGUUGUUGCAAACAAAUAAAUAUGUUAAUGUAGUAUUUCCGCAUCCUGUAUGACAUGUACACUAUAUUCAAUUACUACUUGAGUGUAAAAUAAAAUUUUUGGCAGUAAAACUUGAUUUUAAAGUUCUGUGAUGUUUAUGGCCUGGGUGUUCUCAAUUGUUACCUUUAAACCUACUAGAUGUUUCCUGGCAGAGCACACUUCUGUCUGCCUUGGUGAGCCCCAGAAGUUGGGAUCCUGAACAUAACUUUUUGUGUUUCUACCAUCCUCGAGGCAGUCUCCAGAAGACAGCUUCCCACUGGGGUUGGCCUGGGAAGGAAGCUCACGUGCAUCAGAAUAACUGGUGGUUAUGGAAACUAUACUUUCAGUGUCUCAUGUGCUGGUGGAAACUUGCCUGUAGAGAUUUAUCAAAACAGAUUUUGGGAGGAAAACUACCUGGGCAGGACAGCAGGGGAGGGAGGGCAGUUUUUCAGAGUAGUAGCUGGUUUUGGUAAAUUUUCCCAUGUGUUAAAUGAGAACUCAAAAUUUGAAACUUCUGACCACAGGCUUCUUGGAGGCAAAUAAAGAAUAUAGCAAAUAGAUUCAGUUCCAAAUAUGUCAGAAAUUCAGUCUGAGACAGUUUCCUUAAACCAAGAAUAAUUUCUUGAUCUUAAAAGAUAUCACUUAACAGUUAUCUAUCUGGCAGGGUGCUGGUGGCUCUACAGAAUUUUUGUACUGGACCUUUUACAAGGCAUGUGUUUCCCUAGACCUGCUUGUGGGGUAUCGCAGCUGUGCAGGCUAUCUGGCAGCUGGGGUCCUUCGUCUGCCUCAUUCCACAUUAGUGGAGCAGAGGCAGCAGAGGGAACAUGGUGACCAAGUGUGCCUUAUGUAGCAUUUGCUUCCAAGAAAGUACUGGCACGGGGUAGAGCUGCACAUGCUGCUCCGUUCGCUUGCUUCCCAGCACCAGCCGUGUAAGUCAGACCCUCUGGUGCCAGGAAACAGGGAAGUUAGAGGUACUGUGUAAACACACAUCUCUGAUGUAUGUCAAGUCAACCCUGCUAGAAUGUAUUCUGAUUUUCAUUCAUUUGUAAUGACUUAAUGUAAUUCAAAUGUUUAAAAAGAAUAAAAAAGGGGUUGCAAAUGA